AUGGAUAGCUGGGCCACUCCUGCUGUCAAACUGAACCAGUACACCCGAGCCCGCAUGACUGAGGCCUGGCAGCAGCAUGGUGUUUCUCAAUCUCAGGUGGUCCACUCCAUCCCUCCUGGAUCGGAAAACUCUUUGGGCUGUGCUGUGUAUGGAAUUGUUCUGCAACAAGAGUCAACGUCUUUACAGCAACCGCAGCCGACCCAGCAUGGAGAAAGUGGACACAAAUGUGGGUCAUGUGGGCAUGAUAUCUCCCACCUGGCCAACCCCCAUGAACACCAGUGCAUGGUAAAUCAGGACAGAUCAUUCCAGUGCACACAAUGCAUGAAAAUUUUUCAUCAGGCAACUGACUUGCUAGAGCACCAGUGUGUUCAAGUGGAACAGAAGCCCUUUGUGUGUGGCUUGUGUAAGAUGGGCUUCUCCUUGCUUACGUCUCUGGCCCACCACCACUCAUCCCACAACAGCAGCAAUCCGAUGAAGUGUUCAAUAUGUGAGAAGACAUACCGGCCCGGUUCUUCUGGCAACGUGACCUCCAGCUCCUCAUCCAACAACGUCCAACAACCCAGCAGUCUUAGAGCGUCAGUCAGCAGCAGUUCUUCCAUUCUACCGUUCCCAUCAGCUCGUGACCGCCCAUACAAAUGUUCCGUUUGCCAGAAGGGUUUCAAACACUUGUCAGAACUCACCCGCCACGAUAGAGUGCAUACAGGAGAGAAGCCUUAUAAAUGUGACACAUGUGACAAGGCUUUCAGCCAGUCAUCGCACCUCCAGCACCACCAGCGGACACACAGCAAUGAACGUCCUUUCAAGUGUGCCGUUUGUGAGAAAAGCUUCAAGCACCGCUCCCACCUGGUACGCCACAUGUACGUGCAUUCUGGCGAGCACUUAUUCAAAUGUAACCUAUGUGAGUUGCACUUCAAAGAGUCAUCUGAGCUGCUGCACCAUCCCUGCCACCCGCAAGGCUCUCGCCCUUUCCGCUGCGCCACUUGCGGAAAGGGUUUCAAGCGACCCUCAGACCUUCGCCAACACGAGCGCACGCACUCAGAGGAGCGUCCCUUCCACUGUGAUGAGUGUCAGAUGAGCUUCAAACAGCAGUACGCCCUGCUGCGCCACCGCCGUACGCACAAAGACCCGAGCGACCGGCCGUUCAAAUGCAAUCUCUGCGACAUGGGCUUCAUGCAGCCCUCACACCUCCUCUACCACCAGCACGUGCACGGCAUGGACAACCUGUUUAAGUGUGCCUCGUGCCAAAAGGAGUUCAGCCAAUCAGGAGAGCUGCUUAGGCAUAAGUGCGGGGAUGUACCCAACACGGUGCCAGACAAGCCAUAUAAGUGUGACGUCUGCGGCAAGGGGUACAAGAAAAGUUCCACGUUGCAGCGACAUCAAAACUCUCACUGCCAAGAAAAACCCCUCAAGUGCUCCCUCUGUGACCGCCGCUUCCUAUCCACGUCUGAAUUUGUGCAGCAUCGCUGCGACCCAUCCCGAGAAAAGCCACUCAAGUGCCCUGACUGUGAGAAGCGUUUCAAAUACUCCUCAGACCUCAACAGACAUCUACGCAUACACACCGGCGAGAAGCCGUACAAGUGUGAGCAUUGCAACAAGUUCUUCAAACAACGUGAACACAUGACCAAACACCAGAGCACACACUCCAGAGAAGGACAGUUUAAGUGUGUUUGGUGUGGUGAGCGUUUCAGUGACUUGGGCUCCUUGCAGGAUCACACAGUACAACACACAGCUGAUGGAGGGGAUUACCCUGUGUCGCAGUGCGUGUAA